CAUCCGCUAUCACUACGCCCUUAUAUAAAACUCCAGAGGUUAUAAUGAACUUGUCACACCACCUCGAGUAGGAACACUAAAACGUCAAGUGAGCAAACGUAACACAAAACAUCAAAGCGCGGAGAACGUCAUACGUCAUGAAGGCCGUUAUGGUAAUUGCGGCUCUCAGCUGGUUUUAUGGACAAGUUCUUGCAGGCCCUCACGACUACGGAUGUGGCAGCAAAGCUCCUGUUAAGAUCGGUUGUUGGAGCAGAAUCGAUACCGGGAAUCUUUUAUCAGAACUACUUUUCACCGACCGAGACUUUUCGAGCAACGUCUAUUCACACAAAUUCGUGGACUGGAACAACUGGCAGACAUACGUAAACGACCUUUUGUGUCGUUGUUCUGAUGCCGCCAAAGCUAAAGGAUACAAGUUUAUUGGUCUAAGGUUUUACGCUGAAUGCUGGGGCCAUCUAAAGUCCCCAGGUGAUUACGCUGUCGCUGUCCCACAAGUGGGAAAGUGCUACCAGAACUAUGGACAGCGUUGCGACAAGGAUGAGAAAAGUUUCGCGUGUGUGGGAGACGCUUUAGCCAUGUACAUCUACAAUAUUCGCGACUGAUAGUUGAGCAACAGACUUAUCAAGGGCAGAUAGUUUUGCUUUAUUGAGGAUUUUACAGAGACGUAACAGGACUGCAACAACAGCAACAGCAACAACAACAACAACAGCCUUUUAUUUACCCAUAAGCUUACAUCCAUUCUUUUAAAGAUACAGAAUAAAUAUUUAAUGGGUACUGGCAUCUGAAAUAACUGGAGGGCUAACGAGGACCGAGGCAGAAAAACAAAUACAAUGUGCGGUGGUUUCUUUUUUCGACCUGCCAUUUUUUCUGAAAAAAAAAAUUAGACAAUAAAAUUCAAACAAAAAAUGA